AUGGACACUUCAAAGCCAAUCGCAUUCUCGGAGCACCUCCAGCUCUCCAGCUUGGGCGUGCAGCCUGCAUCCAUCUCCUUCCAGACACUGACCCUCGAGUCCGACCACUUCAUUUGUGUGCGAGAGAAGGUUAAUGAACAGAACCAGGUCGUCAUCAUCGACCUUGCAGACGCCAACAAUGUCAUGCGUAGACCUAUCACCGCCGAUUCGGCCAUAAUGCAUCCUCACAAAAAGAUAUUGGCGUUGAAAUCUGCCCGGACACUCCAAAUCUUCAACAUCGAGACGAAGCAGAAGGUCAAGUCGCAUGUCAACAACGAAGACAUCGUAUUUUGGAAGUGGAUCACAGACACCACACUCGGAAUGGUCACUGACACCGCGGUGUACCAUUGGAGCAUCGCGGACACCACAACGCCUCCUCAGAAGGUUUUCGACCGCCAUGCUACUCUCGCCGGCUGCCAGAUCAUCAACUACCGCAUCUCCGCCGACGAGAAGUGGAUGGUGCUUAUCGGCAUCUCCGGGAACUCAACCAACCCUUCCGCGUUCAAGGUCAAGGGCUCCAUGCAGCUGUACAGUAGGGAACGCGGUGUCAGUCAACCUAUCGAGGGCCAUGCUGCUGCAUUCGCGGAAGUGAAGUUGGACGGUCACCAACACCCCACAAAGCUCUUUGCGUUCUCGGUGCGGAGCGGCAACGGUGCCAAGCUCCACGUCGUCGAGAUUGACCAUCAGGCGCCUGACCCUGUGUUCACAAAGAAGGCUGUCGAUGUCUACUUCCCUCCCGAAGCUACGAAUGAUUUCCCCGUGGCCAUGCAAGUCUCAAAGAAGCAUGGUAUUGUCUACCUCGCGACGAAAUACGGGUUCAUCCACCUCUACGACCUCGAGUCGGGCGCGUGUAUUUACAUGAACCGCAUAUCCGGCGAGACGAUCUUUGUCACCUCCGAGCACGAGGCGACGCAUGGUAUUUUGUGUAUCAACAGGAAGGGCCAGGUGCUCAGCGUUAGCGUCGACGAGCAAACUCUGGUUCCGUAUAUUCUUCAGACGCUCAAUAACACGGAGCUCGCCUUCAAGCUCGCAAGCAGAGGCAAUCUGCCUGGUGCAGAUGACCUGUAUAUCAAGCAAUACCAGCAGCUUUUCCAGAGUGGACAAUUCGGCGAGGCGGCCAAGAUCGCAGCCAACUCACCACGGGGCAUUUUGCGUACGGCGCAGGUGAUUGAGACGUUCAAGCAAGCCCCGGCACCUCCGGGCGGACUAUCGCCUAUCCUGCAGUACUUCGGUAUCCUCCUUGAGAAGGGCGAACUCAACCACCUGGAGUCAGUUGAGCUUGCUCGCCCUGUAUUGCAGCAGGGGAGGAAGCAGUUGUUGGAGAAAUGGCUGAAAGAGAACAAGCUUACGUGCAGCGAAGAGCUUGGAGAUAUUGUUCGCCUCCAUGAUAUGACACUGGCUCUGAGUGUCUACCUUCGCGCGAACGUCCCGAACAAAGUAAUCGCGUGUUUCGCAGAGACAGGGCAGACGGAGAAGAUCUUGCUCUAUGUGAAAAAGACUGGUUAUACGCCAGACUUUGUUGGCCUCCUGCAGCAUGUCAUGCGCACCAACCCCGAGAAGGGAGCAGAGUUUGCUAGUCAGCUUGCGAAUGAUGAGUCUGGUCCUCUGAUCGAUAUUGAGCGGGUUGUCGACAUCUUCAUGUCCCAGAACAUGAUCCAGCCAGCUACAUCGUUCCUGCUGGACGCCCUCAAAGAUAACAAGCCUGAGCAGGGCCAUUUGCAGACCCGUCUCCUCGAGAUGAACUUGAUUCAUGCCCCUCAAGUCGCGGAUGCCAUUCUCGGAAAUGACAUGUUCUCUCAUUACGAUCGUCCGCGCAUUGCGAAUCUUUGUGAGAAGGCUGGUUUGCUACAGAGGGCUUUGGAGCACUAUGAAGAUCUGGCUGACAUCAAGCGGGCAAUCGUGCAUACCAACAUCUUGGCACCAGAAUGGCUUGUCACUUAUUUCAGCCGGCUCACGACCGAACAGUCCAUGGCAUGCAUGCAAGAGAUGUUGCGUGUCAACAUUCGUCAGAACCUUCAGAUUGUUGUUCAGAUCGCGACGAAGUACUCUGAUAUCCUCGGCCCGGUGAAGCUCAUCGAGAUGUUUGAGUCGUACAAGAGCUUCGAAGGCCUCUACUAUUACCUCGGCUCGGUCGUCAACCUUAGCGAGGAUCCUGAGGUCCACUUUAAGUACAUUCAGGCAGCAACACGCACUGGCCAAAUCCGCGAAGUUGAGCGCGUCUGUCGGGAGAGUAACUUCUACAACCCAGAGAAAGUUAAGAACUUCCUCAAGGAGGCCAAGCUCGCGGAUCAGCUGCCCCUUAUCAUCGUCUGCGACCGCUUUGACUUCGUUCACGACUUGGUUCUGUACCUCUACCAAAACGGUCUCACAAAGUUCAUCGAGGUAUAUGUCCAGCGCGUUAACUCUGUUCGCACGCCUCAAGUCGUCGGUGGUCUGUUGGAUGUCGAUUGCGACGAGACGACAAUCAAGGGACUACUCGCAUCCGUCACUGGCAACUUCCCGAUCGACGAACUUGUGCACGAAGUCGAACAGAGGAACAGGCUGAAGCUCAUCUUGCCAUGGUUGGAGGCGCGUGUGCAGGCCGGCAGUCAAGAUGCAGCGGUCUACAAUGCCAUGGCCAAGAUUUUCAUCGACAGCAACAGCAACCCCGAGCAGUUCCUCAAAGAGAACAACCUGUACGAGCCGUUGGUGGUCGGCAAAUUCUGCGAGGCCCGUGAUCCCUACCUCGCAUACAUCGCAUACGCCAAAGGGUUCUGCGACGAUGAGCUCAUCGCCAUUACGAACGAGAACUCCAUGUUCAAGCAGCAAGCUCGUUAUUUGGUCAAACGUCGUCAGCCUGAUCUUUGGGCGCAGGUGUUGUCUUCUGAGAACAUGCACCGCCGUCAGCUUAUAGAUCAGAUUACUGCCACUGCCAUCCCAGAGUGCACGGACCCCGACGAUGUCUCUGUCACUGUCAAGGCAUUCCUCUCUGCUGACUUGCCCAUCGAGCUCAUCGAGCUCUUGGAGAAAAUCAUCAUUGAGCCCUCGCCCUUCAGCGAGAACCGCAACCUCCAAAACUUGAUGUUGCUGACAGCGAUCCGUGCGGACAAGGGCAAGGUUGUCAACUACAUCAACAAGCUCCAGAACUACGACAGCGCAGAAAUUGCGAAGAUCGCGACUGACCACGGGCUGUACGAGGAGGCACUGACGAUCUACAAGAAGUACGAGCAACAUGCCGAGGCCAUCAACGUCCUCGUGGAGUACAUUGUGUCUAUCGACCGCGGUCUCGAUUAUGCCAACAAAGUCAACCGGCCUGAGGUUUGGAGUCGACUCGCCAAGGCUCAGCUUGAUGGCUUGCGGGUCAAGGACGCAAUCGAUUCCUACAUCAAGGCAGAGGAUCCAUCGAACUUCCCUGAAGUCAUUGAGAUCGCGAACCAUGCUGGCAAGCACGACGAUCUUGUCCGCUUCCUCCAAAUGGCCCGCAAGACUCUCCGUGAGCCGAAGGUCGACACUGAGUUGGCGUAUGCAUAUGCAAAGACCGACCGCCUCCACGACAUGGAGGAUUUCCUGAACAUGACGAACGUUGCAGAUGUGCUUGAAGUCGGAGAGAAGUGUUUCGAAGAUGAACUGUACCAGGCUGCGAAGCUGCUCUUUUCCAGCAUCUCAAACUGGGCCCGUCUUGCAACAACUCUCAUUUAUCUUGGCGAGAACCAGUCCGCUGUGGAGAGUGCUCGCAAAGCCGGAAACACACAGGUGUGGAAACAAGUGCACGCUGCCUGCUUGGAGAAGUCGGAGUUCCGCUUGGCACAAAUCUGUGGUCUCAAUAUCAUUGUGCAUGCUGAGGAGCUUUCGGGAUUGAUUCACGGCUACGAACGGAAAGGUCACUUCAAUGAGAUCCUAUCAUUGCUGGAAGCUGGUUUGAGCCUUGAACGUGCUCAUAUGGGUAUCUUUACUGAGCUCGCUAUCCUCUAUAGCAAAUACCGGCCGGAUAAAUUGAUGGAGCAUUUGAAGUUGUUCGUCUCUCGCAUCAAUAUCCCCAAGGUUAUCAAAGCUAGCGAGAAGGCACACCUCUGGCCGGAACUGGUUCUGCUGUACGUCAAAUAUGACGAAUAUGAUAACGCUGCCUUGGCUAUGAUUGAGCGCUCUGCGGAUGCUUGGGAGCACAACCAGUUCAAAGAUGUUGUUGUUCGUGUAGCCAACGUAGAGAUCUACUACAAGGCUUUGUCGUUCUACCUCCAAGAGCAGCCGACGCUACUCACCGAUCUCCUCACGGUCCUCAUUCCUCGCAUUUCUCACGAUCGCGUGGUUCGCAUGUUCCGUCAAAUAGAUCAUAUUCCGCUUAUCCGGUCAUAUCUCAUUGCUGUCCAGCACUUGAACAUCGAGGCCGUAAAUGACGCAUACAACGACUUGUUGAUCGAAGAGGAGGAUUACAAGACUCUUCGGGACUCGAUCGAUAGCUUCGACAACUUUGACAAUAUUGCACUUGCGAAGCGAUUAGAGCGCCAUGUUCUGCUUGAGUUCCGACGACUUGCUGCGCAUCUGUACAAGAAAAACAACCGGUGGGAGGAGUCACUCGCGCUAUCGAAGCAAGACAAGCUCUACAAGGACGCUAUGGUCACUGCGGCAACGUCAGCAUCAAUUGAAGUCGCCGAAGACCUCUUAUCCUACUUCGUGGAUAUUGGCAACAAGGAAUGCUUCGCCGCGCUGCUGUACAUUUGCUUUGACUUGUUGCGGUCGGACGUCGUAGAGGAGCUGUCAUGGCAGCACGGACUGAAUGAUUUCUAUAUGCCCUACAAAAUCCAAAAUCAGCGGACAUUGGUGGACAAAUUGGCAAGCUUGGAGAGGGAGGUCAAGGAGAGGUCUCAAAAGGAGACUCAAAAGGAGCAGCAGGAGGCAGAUGCUCCAAUUAUCAACCCUGGCUUCGGCAACCGACUGCUCUUGACACAGGGCAACGGAUUCCCGAGCCAGGCUCCUCCACCGAUGAUGAACGGAGUUGGUAUGAGCGGCUUUGCUCCUCAAAUGACUGGGUUCGCUGGAUAUUGAUCAGGCAAGGCGGCCUGAUCAGGACUUUAUACAUGUACAACUGUUCGCAUAAUGUCGUUAUUCUCGCAAUUUUUUUAUGUCUUCGUGCUCGUUCUGGAUUGUUGUUCCUAAUCGCAUGUUCAAUUUUGAUUUCUCAUCGC